AUGGUCGAGGUCGUUUGGCUGGAACCCGACCCCGAGAACCACCGGGGCCACCCCCAUCAUCGCCAUAAUUACGGCUUGGGCCUCGACUUCCGCGACCCCUCCCCUGCUGUCCUUCUCCUCCCCCUGCGAGCGAGCACGAACACACACAUGGACGGACUUGUUGGCGUUAACGUGAGACUGCCGAAGGCGAGGGCGACGGCGCGAGCCUUGGGCAUGGUGGGGUUGCAGACACCUGUGACACUGCGGGGAGAAGAGGGCUAA